AUGCGAUGCAAACCGGGAUCACUGGUGGUCAUUGCUCUGGACUGCAGUAGCUUUUGUCUGAUGUCCCGGGGCACGACAGGCCGAAGUGUUCUCCGACCCUGGGGAAACUUGAUGCAUGAGUUUGUAUGCUCUGGCAAUGUGCUGUCCAGUCGAGUGGCUUUGCUGAUCUUUUUGUGCCAAUACCUGAAGCUCCGCUGGAUCCUGGAGCAGCCAGACGGAUCAUUCCUUCCUGACAUGCCCCACUACCAACAGCUUUGGCGUACUUUUGAGGUUUGGCAAGGAUAUUUCUGGAUGGGUUUAUUCAAUGGUCCCUCACCGAAGCGGCACCGGGUUUGGUCAAACUGCAAGGGCAUUAUCGAUGCCAUUUCAGAAAGGGCGGGAUUUAUGUCUCGGGAGCAAAUGGGCCAACUGCGGGUUCGGCUGGCCAACCACUACGAGGAUAAGAACGGUGUGAAGCGACACACGGGCAAACCAAAGGAUCUACAGAAGUCACAGCCACUAGGCUCCGAUUAUACAGGACACCUGGUGCUAGGUUACUGGACCAAGUUUUUACCAUCCCCGGCCGGCUCCUGUUUGCCCAGGGCAUACACUCGUGAGUUCGGCGAGUUCCUGGCGAAGUACUUUGUGGAAAUCAUGAAGGCGGGCCCCAUCACUACAUAUAGUCAUUGA